AUGGCGUCUCUUGCUGGCCGUGUCCCACCGGGUGCUGGGCCCCCUUGCCGCCGCGACACAGACUCCUUCCUGAAGUCUGCGCGUCUCCAGCGCCUGCCCUCGUCCUCAUCGGAGAUGGGAAGCCAGGAUGUGUCCCCUCUCCAGGAGACCAGCAAGGACCCUUUUUCUGGAGACUGCAGCUGCCGGCAGGAUGGGCUGACUGUCAUCAUCACUGCCUGCCUCACCUUUGCCACAGGGGUCACGGUGGCCCUGAUCAUGCAGAUCUAUUUUGGGGACCCUCAGAUCUUCCACCGCGGCGCCGUGGUCACGGAUGCUGCCCGCUGCACGGCGCUGGGCAUAGAGGUGCUCAACAAGCAGGGCUCCUCGGUAGACGCGGCCAUCGUCUCAGCUCUGUGCAUGGGAAUCGUCAACCCCCACAUGUCGGGGAUUGGCGGGGGUGGGGUGAUGCUGGUCCACGACAUCCGGAAGAACAGGAGCUGGGUGAUUGACUUCCGCGAGGUGGCUCCCCUGGGCAUCCCACUGGAGGGGGACCUGCAGAAGGACACCAAGCCAGGUCUGCUCGUGGGGGUGCCAGGCACAAUACAAGGAAUGCACCAGGCACACCAGCUACAUGGGAGACUCCCGUGGUCUGAGCUGCUGGGCCUUGUGGCUGGUGUCGCCCGGGAUGGGUUUAAUGUCACACACGAUUUGGCCAAAGCCGUAAGUGAACUGAAGGAUUUGAACUGCUCUGACAAAUUUCGGGAGAUCUUCCUGCCAGACGGCCAGCCCUUGCUGCCUGGCACGUUCAUCAGGCGCCUGGACCUCGCGGCUGUCCUGGAGCUGGUGGGGGCAGAAGGGGUGUCAGCUUUCUACAGUGGAAACCUGACCCAGGAGAUCAUCUCCGAGGUCCACAACUACGGAGGAGUCUUGGUGGAGGAAGACUUCAGCAAUUACAGCACCACCGUGGAGACUCCCGUCCACACAGUCUAUCGAGGGCACCUCAUUCUCAGUCCCCCGCCUCCACACGCUGGUCCUGCACUGAUGACAGCACUGAACAUCCUUGAGGGCUUUAACAUCACAAGUCACGUGUCCAGGGGGAAUGUCUUGCACUGGAUGGCAGAGACGUUAAAAAUAGCCCUGAGUCUAGCUAGCAACCUGGGAGACCCAUCCGACGAUGUGUCCGUUGCUCACGCUGCAGAAGGCAUGGUGAGUAAAUCAGAAGCUAAUUCCCUGCGCCAGCUGAUUAAUGACUCCCAGUCCUUCUCAUCCAACCUCCGCAUGCCUCACUUCUCUGUGGAGAGUGGACCCGCUGCUAGCCAGGUCCUUGUCAUGGGACCCGAUGACUUCAUUGUUGCAGUCGUAAGUUCUUUGAAUCGUCCCUUUGGCAGUGGAAUAAUAACACCCUCUGGAGUCCUCUUGAACAGCCAGAUGUUGGACUUCUGGCAAAAUAAGACAAUGAACCACUCCAUUCCCAGGCCGCAAAAUCUCAUUCAGCCUCGGAAACGGCCCCUGUCUUUCCUGUUGCCCACCAUCGUGAGACCAUCUGAGGGGAUGUGUGGGACGUACCUAUGUCUGGGAGCUAACAACGGGGACAGAGCCCUGAGCGGCAUCGUUCAGGUUUUGGUAAAUGUUUUAACAUUUAACAAGAAUCUGAGUGAAAGUUUGUCACUUGGUCGACUUCACCCACAGCUUCAGUCCAACACCUUGCAGGUUGACAGUGAGUUUCCUGAAGAGGAUAUUGAAUUUCUUGUAGCCAGGGGCCAUCAAGUGGAUAAAGUCAAAGUGGUGUCCCUAGUUCACGGGGCCAGGAGGACCAACAGUUUCAUCAUUGGCCUGAAGGACCCCAGGAGUGAGGAUGCUGCCGGAGCCACAAUCUUGUAGCACCCCCCAGGUGACGUGCUCGCUGAACAAGGCUCAGACAAAUUGACCCAAGUGACAUGCAUGUUCGGGAAUGGGCCCUUCGCCACCCCCGGGCGGGAGCUCCGCCUACACACCGCUGCGUAGACUUUCUGCAUCCCCCACCCAGCGUGGCACCAGAGGGGUCAGCAGCACCAACAUACAGUGCUCUGUGGGGUUUUUAUUUUAUCUGUAAAUUAUUUGAAUUGCAAGCAGCCCAGUCCUUGCUACAGGAGUGCAGGGAGCACGCUUUUCUUUCAGCAGAGCCCUGCUAAGAAUUUCAGUCUUUUCAAAAGCCCAGUUCUAGCCAGCACCUUCGUUGUAGUGAGCAGGAACAGCAGCAAAAGGAAAAAGAGCUGGAUGACAAUACUGUCCUCUUCGUCUCCCCCAAGUUCGUUCUUUGCCUCUCGUGUCAGCCAGUAAUGAACACAGCCCACUGCAGUGUUUGUAGGUGCCCGUGGCUGGAAUAUCGGGGAGUCCUUUAACCCUCCCUGUGGGCCAGCUGACCUUUACCAGCAUGCAGCCUCCUGUGUUGGUUCCUUUUCUCACAUUGCUACAGACUGUGAAUUUCAGGAGUAACUCGUGAGUGCAGUCGCUGCGCAGGCAGCCUGAUUUUGUAACCGAAGCAGCCGUUUUCAGCUUCUCACAACUCGUGGAACCCCCAGUAGUUUUCUGACAGAGGUUCAGCGUCCUCCGUGGUGGGUUUAAGCUUAGUGGUAACGGGCGUAAUUUUCUUAGACACUUUCUGGAGACACCUUAGCAGUGCUCCACAGCUUUGUAAAAAAUCCACGGACCAUGGACUGAAAACCACAUGGCGAGGGUUUAGGUAGGUCCAGGGCUUUCCUUACACUGCCUUACCUCUGUGUGCUCUGGAAGCCCGAAUCGUGUGAUCCCUGCGGAGAGGCUUGGGACUUCCUGCUUGCCAAACUCAUGCCUGUGCUUCAGCUCUGCAUUUUGAUGCUGGUGGCUCUAUUGGAGGAGCUGAAGAGAGUGAGAGACAAGGCACGAACCAAACCAGACGCCACAGAGAUAACUUUCUGUCCACAGCAUGUAGCGCGAGAUGUGAGAAUGCCCCUGCAUUCCUGGUCUGAAAUAGAGUGAAGAAAUAACACCACACCUGGUGGCUGCACCACUUCAUCAGCCCCCACCUGGAUGUUCCUGUCUCUUUUCCCCAGCAAGUUAGAGGGAGACACCUGGCGCUGAAAAAUCCUGGAAUUUGAUUAUUUUCUGCAGUCUAAAAUUGGAUGAUUUCCUUCAUGGUGCAGACGCAUCUGUGGCCACUGUACAUAUUAUAUAUGUAUGUCUGCUGAGGAUUGUCUUUCACCUGAUGGUCACACCAGUCACCCCCAGCCCCUCUACUGAGGGACCCCAUGACGCCCACCCCUUUGUCACGCGCCUUCUAGCACUCCUUGCCAUUCAGCACGGGAAGCGUGCGGGUCGCCUGGGGGCAGCCAGAGCACCACGGCAGAUAAUCGGACAGAUCGCUCCUGCCAGCUGAGGAUCUCACGGCACCUUACGCGAAGCCUCGCAUGUUGUGCCCAGGAAGGCCAGCAACUCUCUUGCACUCUGCUGAAGUGCAGGCACCCAUGCGAAGAGCGCAGCAGCUGCCUGGCAGACGGGGAGAAUGCUGGUGGUGUUUCCUCUUACAAAUGCACCAGUGGCCUCAGCUGAGGGACGGGGGAGGUACAGUGCUACCUUUGGGAAGUUGCCUUUGGUGCCACAUGCUGCCUGUGGGGCAAGAAGAGACUUUCCUCACUGCAGGGACCCAGAAUCAAUUUAUUUAUUUUUCCGUCAUCAGCACUAGAGUUGGUCGCUGCCCAAAGUUGGAGCAUUCACAGAACUUGUACGUGUCUUGGAGCAGACCUCUUCAGGCGUCACGGGAAGGGAAGGAUGCGGCUUUGAGCGUUGAACCUUGCUGGUGGAGGCGUGGGGUUUUCUGGGUUGGUACAGCAGGGAUCGGUCCCUCGGGCACGGAGGUUUGCUGUGCGCAGCUGCAAAAUAAGUGGUCACCUCCUCGUUGCUUCAGUACGUUGCAUGGAAUAUCACAAAGGACUUUGAAAGAUAAAAUUCCUCCUUACUAACUGAAUUCACCAACUCACUUCUGACGCUGGAAAUGGCAUAUUCGUUUGGGAGCUAAAGGCUCCGGUCUUGGUUCAGAAGGGCACUUGCAUGCCCCGAGGUACCAUUCCACAGCAAUUUUUCAGAAUCUUGAAACAACUCACGUUCCUAAGCGCUCUGCUGGAUCAUGGCCUAUGCCGCAAAAAUGAGAAAACGUAAAAUAAUUGGAAGAUGGGGCUUGGGCCCCUAGGUCAUGGCUAGGAGAAGUAGAGGUAUUUUGAAUUAUUUCCCAUUUUCUCUGUUUAAAACUGGCAUCAGUAUAGCACAGGUAUAUUCGAUAUGGGAACCCUUAAUCUGCUAAUUGGCCCAGUGUACCUGAUGCUUUGGGUCCAUCUGUUGUGAUGAGGUCUGAUGAAUGUAAUGUGAGGUACCAGAAACACCCAAAGCUUCCUUCUGUACAGCUGGGACGGGCGUCGUGAGGUAAAGGGCUGUAUUCUGGAGAUGUGUGUGUGCAGAGCGACCACACUGAUUUCAGCCCAGCCGUUGCAGCCGUCUAACAGCUUUGAAGCAAAAUUGGUCCCGAAGCCUUUACAUGAAAGUGUCAGUGAGGAGCUCAGAACACAGAAUGCAAAAUACAAAGUGGCUGAGAAAACCAAUAAAUUUUCAAAGGAACAAAAUAAACCCACACAAAAUAAAGAGGAAAAAAACCCAACGAUGCCUUUGCCAAACGUGACCGUUACAAUCUGGAAUGCGAUGAGCUUGUCCCUGCCCAUGCUUGCUCUGUGCCAUCGCUGCGUGCUGGUUCUUACCUUAGGACAGGCCAGAGGCAGGCUCUGCUGCUGCGCGUGCGUCCGGUUUGUCAGCAUUUCUCACAACGGCCCGAUGCUGUUUGUGAGCACACACAACGAGCGAUGCUUUGCUGGCUUUAGCUGCUGCUGCUCACCUGUGUGCAUCAAGCGCUGACUGCUGCCUCUAAAAGCCUAAAGGGGGGACGAGGCAGAAGUCAGUGCCACCAUCCUGCAGUGGGGGGGAUGAGGACGCUCCAGCCCUUCAGCUGUGCCAUUUCAUUCCCAUCACCGUCCUGUUUGGUGUCCAGAUGCUGAGAGGGGCUGGAUCCUGCCUCGCUCACACCGGUUGGGGAGGGGGCAGACACUGCUGAGGUUUUCAGGGCGGUUGGAGCCACACUGCAGCUUGGCCACAGGAAGGGCUGGGGGUCCCCUGCUGUGGGAAGGGAUGUGAAACCAGCUGAAGGGCGGCCCUGGGCACGCUGGGUGUUUCUGCACUCCAGUGAGCAGCUCUGGCGGCAAGCCUACCUCCAGCCUGUGGGGUACCAGGGCUGCUGCAGGCGGGUUCAGGUCCCUAGGCUCCAGGGAUGAUGACCAGUGUCCUACAGCUCUGCUGCAGCUCUACCAGUGUCUCUCUGUGGGGUCCCUCAGCCGGGGCAGCGAGCCCAAGGCGGCUGUUCAGCACCAGCUGGUUGGCUGGCUGCCAGGGGGAGCCAGACCCUCGGGGUGGCUGCUGGGUCCCCCUGGCUGGGCCGUCUCGGAGCCUCCUUCCACCCGCCACACAUCUCAACAGGCUUCUAUGGACUGAUCCCGGACACAGACUCGUUGGAGAGAAAAGGGACUCAGGCCUAUAUAAACACCAUGGGAUGAAACACAUGAACACAUCAAGAACACUGAAGAUUUUGUAAGGUUUUGCCAAGAAUCAGGCAGAGCAGGAAGAGCUCCUGUAGCAUCCAGGUUUUGGAAAGAUCUUCCCUGCUUCAGCAGUGGGCACCUGCACACCAGCCAGGGAAAGCAGGGUGCUGACAGGCAGAGCUGGUUUUCAGAGCGGCAGGGCACUGCCUGAAAAUGCAGUCCAUCUGUGUGGCGGGCAGAAUAGCCAUGGCACAGGAGCACUCAAGCACUGGAACACGCUGCUGAGGAAGGGUCCUUGGCGGCUGCGGCAUUUGUAGAUGCAGAUUGUCCUCGCAGAGCUGACUCUGCUGCCUGGGGGGGAGUAUCCCAUUUGGCAGCAGCUACUUGGUGGCCGUGAGCCUUCAUCCACCAGGACUGCCCCAGCACAGCCAGGGCUCCCUGCCCGGUGGCUCGCAUCUCUCCACCUCCUGGGAGCCGAGGAGGAGCGGAUGACCCCUGGGUGGUCGCCCCCACCCUACCUGUCACGUCUGCAGCCAGUUGCCCACCUCUCUCCUUGCUGCCACACUCACAGUUUAACAAAAUCCCAGAUCAAAAGUGACUGUGACUGCAGCGCAACUUCUCCCUAAGCGAGCAUCAUACUGGUAUUAGGGGAGAAAUUAUUCAAGUAGUUGU